AUGGAUCUUGUUACGCCCACGUUGCCACCGUUACCGCCCUCUCUUCCCGCUGAAUAUCUCAGAACAAGGAACGUGCAAAAGGAGGCAGACGAAACCAAAUUCGAACUCCUCAACAAGGAAAUCGACGCUCUGAACAAUCCAUUGCUCGAACCCCUUCUCCCGGCCGAAGACGACGACACCAUCAGGAACAGCGAGAGGGACAUCAGCUCGGCGGCGUUUCGGGAGACCAACGCUGAACUAGGCGUCAAGGAAGGCGAGAGCUACGAGAACCUCGCCCGUGCCCAAGCCCUCGUGUGGUUCACCAAGCUCGAAGAGAGGUUCGAGGAACGCAGCACCAAACUUCGCGCCGACGCCCUUUCGUACUCGCUCCAGCACGUCAUCGGCCGCACCAACCCUACCCGCUUCAACGAGUACCUUCAGGCUCGCGCGAGAUUGCGGUACCACUACCACAGCGUGCGCCAGGUGAUGAGAAUGAAGAAAGCUUACGUGGAAAAGAAGGAGAAGGAGGAAGAGGUCAUCGAGUCCCGCCGCGCACUGUCGUACGGAGAAAAAGUCAUGAAAUGGCAGGCAAUGGUGAUGUCGAGGAGGAAGAGACAUGCGAGCUAUCUUGCUUCCGUCAAGGCUCGACGAGCUUCGAAAGGCGCUCAAAAGCGCACCGGCGCAGAACAACGUACCGGCUCAGACCAGCGCGUCGGCACAGAUGAUUCGGGCCCUUGA